UCUUCGACAUGCAGUCGUAAAGUUAGCCUGUUAUGUAUUUGCGACAUAUGAAGUUAGAACCUUGGCAGACUGCUGUUAUAAAUUUAUAAACAGUGCCUUCUGUUUGAUAGACCACAGAAGUUGUUGUUUUUAGCGCUGUUAUCGUGUUUGCUGUAUUCUACAGUCGGCGCUGCGAUGUCAGGUGUUUUGAAUGAUGUUUGGGAUUACACUGAGAGCUACCUGCUGACUGUGUGGCAGAAUAGGUUAUAUGUGUACACUACUGCUGCUGUUCUCAUAGGAGUCUGCUUUACUAUGAACAUGCUUUUCAAAAAGAAAAAAACGGUCGACCCUGUAAGCCCUUGGCUUUAUAAAUCUGCAAAAAAGCAGGAUCUUUCAGCUGAAACAGAAAAAGUCAUUCAUGUUUCUGGGGUCAAAGUGUUCUAUGGAUCACAGACAGGAACAGCAAAGGGUUUUGCAAAAGAGCUUGCUGGAGACGUCAGCGCUCAGGGGAUCCAGUGUGAUAUUAUAGAUAUGAAAGAGUACGACCCCGAGGACAGACUAACUGAGGAGUGCACAAGCAAGAUGAUCUGUGUGUUCCUGGUGGCCACAUACAGAGAUGGGCAGCCCACUGAGAGUGCCGAAUGGUUCUCUAAAUGGCUUGAGGAAGCCUCCACAGACUUCCGAUAUGGGAAAACUUACCUGAAGGGAAUGAGAUACGCUGUCUUUGGGCUGGGGAACUCUGUUUAUGUUGGCCAUUAUAACACGGUCAGUAAGAACAUAGAUAAGUGGUUGUGGAUGCUGAGCGCUGCACGGAUCAUGACCAGAGGAGAAGGCGACUGCAACGUUGUGAAGAGCCGACACGGCAGCGUGCAGGCCGACUUCCAGGCCUGGAAAAUGAAGUUCCUGAGCCGGCUGCAGGCCCUGGCCAAAGGUGAGAAGAAAGCCUGCUCUGGCAAGUGCAAGAACGGCAGCUGCAAGAAUAAGAAGAAACAUAAGAAGGAGGCAGAGGACAGCCACUCGCUCGCUGAGAAGAACAACUCUGAGGAGGAGCUGAUGGAGUCCAGCAGUGAUGCAGAGUCCUCCUCUGAGGAAGAGAAGUCUCAUGGCUCCGUCAUCGACGUGGAGGACCUUGGGAAUGUGAUGAAUCAUAUGAAGAAAGCCAAGGUGUGGAUUGAGGUUAUGCUUUCACUGCUUAGUAUUAGCAAGGUGGAAAUUGAGAUAACAGCUCGUGGAAAGGCAUUGUCCCGCGGCCACAUCGGCUCGUGUGGGACGGGCGGCAGCUGGAGCGGCUUGUCGUCAUUUUGGCUGGCUGUCAGUCUCAAUGUGUCAGCUGCUCAGCCUGAACUUUACAGGGCCACUGCCUGCAUCACCGCUGUCACUUGCAUGGGUGGUUGGUGGGAAAUGGAGCGUUUCCAGCUGAAGAGAGCUGCUCCGUUUCUGUCAGUCUGA